GAGGAAAGGAAGGGAAGGGAAAAAGGAAGGGAAGGGAAGGGAAGAGCAGGGCGAGCGUCCCAGCAGGGCGAUGAGCGACUCAGCCGAGGCGGGCGACUACAUCUCCAGCCGGGAGAUCCCGCGGCUCUUCGAGAGCAUGUUGACAGGACUGAUGUAUUACCAGCCAGAAGACCCCAUCAGCUACCUUGAAGGAUGCUUGACGAAGGUCCGGGCGAUGGGUGGUCCAGAGAAGCUGCAGUGGGACACGUUCCUCAGUCAAGAAGAUGUUCAACCUACUGCUGGGGGCUUAAACAAGAAGGCCCUCUUCCAUUCAGCUUCCCCCUCAGCCCCCUUCGGCUCCUACCAGGACGUAUCCUGUGUGCAGAGCCAGUUCUCCAUCGAGAGCGAUUCCGACAUGACCGAAUCCACUGGGCUAAUCCAGGAAUACGACGUGUUUGACCCUGAACGGCCCCGUCCUAAGAUCGUUUUUGUGAUAGGGGGUCCCGGGAGCGGGAAAGGGACGCAAAGCCGGAGGAUGGCCGCUCACUUUGGCUUCGUCGCCGUCUCCGUCGGAGAAAUUCUGCGCGCUCAGACACUCCGUCGUGUCGCCAGCGACAAGAAGUGGGAGCUCAUUGGCAAGAUUAUUGCCGACGGAGAGUUAGCCCCGUCGGAGACGACCUUUGAAGAGCUGAAGCAGCAGUUCAUCAAGCACCCAAAGGCCAAAGGUUUUGUGGUGGAUGGGUUCCCGCGAGACAUUGGCCAGGCCUUCCUGUGCGAGGAGCAGGUUGGUUCUCCAGAUGUUGUGAUCUUCCUGGCAUGCUCGAGUCAACAGCUCCGACAGCGACUAAAAGGAAGGGCUCAGGAACAAGGACGCUUGGAUGAUAACCCUCAUGCCAUUGAGCGCAGGCUGGAGACCUUCAAGCAGAAUGCUCAGCUCAUUGGGAAGUACUACCAGGAGAAAGGAACCUUGGUCCGGUUCGAUGCGGAUGGAGAAGAAGAUGAAAUAUUUGCUGCCAUCAGUUCCUGCAUUCAGCAACGGCUGCAGCCAGAGAGAAAAAGAAUUCUGGAUUUGCCACUGCAGAGUUUCUUCAGCCCGUGCCAGGACUCUCCAAAGGAAGAGCAGAGAAAGGAACAGACAGAGGGAGUUGUCACCCCAGAACCCUUCAGAAUGGCAGCAGAAAAAUUGAAAAAUCACAAAAUCAUCUUUGUGGUGGGAGGACCGGGAUCUGGAAAGGGAACACAAUGCGAGAAAAUUGUCCAAAAAUACGGCUACACUCACUUGUCCACCGGUGACCUGCUGCGGGAGGAAGUCAGUUCUGGGUCAGACAGGGGGAAGAAGCUUUCAGCCAUCAUGGAGAAAGGAGAGUUGGUCCCUCUGGACACGGUCCUUGACAUGUUGAGAGACGCCAUGUUGGCCAAAGCAGACAAGUCCAAGGGCUACUUGAUUGACGGUUACCCCCGGGAGGUGAAUCAAGGCGUGGAAUUUGAGAAGAAGAUUGCUGCCCCCACCCUGCUCCUGUACGUGGACGCUGGGAAGGACACCAUGGUGAAACGGCUGCUGAAACGAGGAGAAACCAGCGGGCGCGUGGAUGACAACGAGGAGACCAUCAAGAAGCGUUUGGAUACCUAUUAUAAGGCCACUGAGCCGGUCAUCGCCUAUUACGAGAAGAAGGGAAUUGUCCGCAAGGUCAACGCGGAAGGCACGGUAGAUGAGGUCUUCAAGCAGGUCUGCACCCAUCUGGAUGUCCUCAAGUAAACUCCCGGAGGAGCUCUCCCAUCUUUUCAUCCUCCCCCACCCUUCUUCCAAGACCUAGACCUGUGUAGAUGCGCCCCUUCCUCUCCCCUCUGCUCUGCCUCCCUUUUCAUCUCCAAAGACCGCCGGGGGAGGAAGUGGCUUCAUCCUGUUUUCGUGGACAGAGGCCCGUGGAGGAAAUUGCAAGGACAAUGCGCUUGGCUUCCUUAAACCUCCUCUCGCAAAGUAAAACUGGCUUUCGUGAGAUGAGAUGUUUUUAUUCUUUGCUUUAACAAAAAAAAAAAAAAAAAAAAGUUUUUCACCCUCGAUCGUGGGGGAAUAAACGUGUCUUCUCCAUCUUCUUUCCAGGAAUGGAGAAGCCCUCUGCAGAUUCCAAGGUGGGUUGAGGACAAUCUGUAACCCUUCCAGAUCCCGUCCUCCUCCAUCCGUGUCUCCCAAACACUCCCAGAUCUGGGAGGGGGGAGGCUGGCUAGAGAGCGAUGGGUCUUGUAGUCUGAAGUCCCUAGAGUGCUUUCCAUCUGGACAGGAACAAAUUGGGAGGAGUUUUUGAGGCUCUGAAACCACCUUUCGAUCUGCAGAAGUUAAAAUUCAGAAGUUAAGAUCCUUUAGAUCUGUUAGCCUGGCAGGAAGUAAGAUCCUUUUAGAGGCUGCAUUUCUACACGCAGGCAGGAUUUACCUGGCCAAGUUUACAAAUGACAAAUUCGUUAGUCCUUCCUGCGUUUCUUGCUAAGGCCUCAAAAGAGCUGCAAAAAAAAAAUCCCCCCGGCUUUUUCUCCACGAAAGAAAGAGAAAAGGGCACAUAUACGGUACCUCUUCAUAUGCCAAUUUCCUCUACUCUUUCGGGGAGACGCUCCCCAAACCUAGACAGACUAGAUCUCUGGAGGCGAUCUCCUUGGAAGGAAAAAAAAGACAAAAGAUUUCUUCCAAGUUCUAAGCUCCCCUGUGCGGUUAUAAACCAAUUCAACCACUCCGGGAAGAAAAAUUCCAGCUUGCAACUUUAAAAUUAAGAAAUCCAGCCAGCGUGCAAAAUUUUCUCCCUGGAGAGAGCGCGGGGAAAGGGGAUGCAAAGCCUCAGAAGAUCAGGCUAUUUUUUUUUCCCCUAGUCUUACACACACACACAGGCAAACAUGCACAAACACACACCAAGUCCCAGCUUUGUGUAUCCUUGCGCUCAGAAUUUCCUUAGCAACUAAAUAUUUGCUAAUCACAGGUUGCCUUUUGCUUUGAACUCCUUUUGUCUUUUAGGGUCUGCUUUAGGGAGAGCGAGAAAAAAAGAAACAAGGGGAGUGAAGGAACCAAAGAGGAGGUUUUGGGGGGGGGGGCAGGAUGUUGCUUCCUUAUCUGUAAUAACAUGUUGUCUCAUUUUUCACCCUUCAAAAUUGCAUCUCUCCAGAUUUUUGUUAGGGUCUCCUCAACGUUACGAAGGCCCACUAAACAUUUCUCUGCUGGUUGUCCUGUUUCUUUUCUUUUUUAAUUUGGUCCAAAUAUUUAUAAGAGGUGGGAAGGGGAGGCAACAAACCCCUCCCUCUCAAAGUCUUAAAAGACCUGGCCUACGGUCUGAAUGUAUUGAUCAGAUUGUUAUUAAAGAGCGUUUUAAAAAAAAA